AUGAGUUCGGCGCAUGUAGCUGCUUACGCGGCCAUAGGGCUAUCCUCGAUAUGUGUACUUGUUACCGUAUUCUAUAUGCCUAUGUUCCUCUCAAAAGUGCAAUCCAUCCAGGACCGACUGUCAAGGAACAUGGAUGAAUUCAAUGUAAUGCAGACGGAGAUCUGGAGUGACCUGCAGCAGGCAAAGAACGACUCCCCGGUUCGUAAGGUCACUAAGCGUCAAACGGAAGGCGAAUGCGAUUGUAACACUGAGAACAACUGUCCCCCUGGCGAAAAAGGCCGCCCAGGCUUUGAUGGCAUGGAUGGAGUUCCUGGUCAACCAGGAACACCGGGAGAGCCUGGUCUCCCAGGAAUCGUGCCUCAAGUACAAGUGAGUGCCAGUGGUUGCCGCGUCUGCCCACCAGGACCUCAAGGACCUAUUGGGUACCCUGGUCAACCUGGCCCACAAGGUUUGCCAGGAGAGGAGGGACCACAAGGGGAAAGCGGUCGACCAGGAAGCGACGGGCCAGCAGGACCACCUGGACCAAUGGGUCCAAUGGGCGAGCCAGGAAAGGACGGCGAAGAAGGACCUCCUGGAGCAGAAGGCGUUCGAGGUGAAAAGGGCCCUAUUGGGCCACCAGGACUCAAAGGGCUGGUUGGUCCGCGGGGUUACCCUGGAAGCUCUGGACCACCUGGACAACCAGGUGGCAUCGGCCCAAUCGGAGAACCUGGACCAGCAGGAAAACCUGGAAUGCCUGGAUUCAUCGGAGCUGUUGGCAACUAUGGUGAUCAGGGACGGCCAGGCGAAGACGCUGGCUAUUGUCGCUGUCCAGCUAGAGCAGCGAAUAAGAAAAACGCUACGUAG